CCUCUGUGAAAUCGCCCGAAGAAACACAUUUCUGGGGGAGUUGUUGUGACGUCACUCACCGGGAGCGCACAGAGCAGGGAGAGAGAAAGUCGCGUCUGUAGACUUUAUAUGCGGCUGCCUGACGAAGAAAAGCGGCAAGACCGAAGAACCGGCACUGAGAUCAGGGAUGGUGAUGCCGAUAUAUACUGUGUCAUCAUCAUCACUAACUGACAAAUGUAUCGAAAUCCAGAAGUAGAUCAAGAAACUAAACCGGAUACGGUCUAUUGCGCGUUUGUUUUUAGUUUUUUUUUUCUUCCGUUAAAGGUCGGGGGGUAUCGCUUCCAAAUCGAAAGAGAUGCGAGCAUCUUUCAUGAUCCACAUGGAGAAUAACUAAGACGAGAGGUAUCCACAGAUGAUGAGCUAUCCCUGUGCGUAAAAUAUCAAGCGUGCUAUCUGGCUGAAACUGAACGGAUAUAUACCCUACUGCAUAGCGACAGACGUGCUGCCUGCCUCUGAGUCUAUUCCUGCGCGGGAGUUGUGUGGAACAUGUACUGGAGGAGAGUGGUGAUCAGCGCACCGAAUUACCGUAUCCGCGCACAGCAGUCAGAGAGAGGGGGCGAAUAGAAAGCUGCUGGUGAGCCUGCGGUGACCGAGUCACGGACGCGGGCUGAAGUGGCAGUGGGGAUGUCAGCACUUCAAACGAUGGGGGUUUAACAGCCCCGCUUCAUACUGAGGCACCAAACACUUCAAUUUUGACCCAGCACUGAGUCCGUUUCCACGGCCAUGAUCAUCUAUUUUUCCCCUUCAGCUGACGGAUUGACUUGUAUUUUUAUUCGCCCCAGCUAUUUCUAAAGUGGGAUUUAUUUUGUGCAUUCCACACGUGUUGUAGACUGUUUUCUCUUAUUUCUGGGGGGUGAGAAGCAUUGCGCUGGAUGGGAGCAGAAUGGAAGGCUGUGUGUGUCUCUGAAGACUUCUGGCCUCUCUCCUCCGGUGUUAAUAAGCCGUCGCCACUCGCCAGCCAGGAUGCAGCUUCUUAGAGUUGCGUGGGCUUUAGCGGGAGCAGCAAUCUGUUGUUUAGUUAUUCUUCUCAUCCACUCACGCUUGCUCAAAGAAGGUCAACUGGCGGCGGGGACAUGUGAGAUUGUGAUGCUGGACAGGGACAGCAGUCAGCCCAGACGGACCAUCGCCAGACAGACUGCACGGUGCGCCUGUAAGAAGGGACAGAUCGCUGGGACGACAAGAGCCAUGCCAGCCUGUGUGGACGCUAGUAUCGUCCGGACGAAACAGUGGUGUCAAAUGGUCCCAUGUUUGGAAGAUGAGGGCUGUGACCUGUUAAUCAAUAAAUCUGGAUGGACUUGUACACAACCAGGAGGCAGAGUCAAAACCACUACGAUGGCCAAAGCAAAAGGUCAAAACCCUCUCUCCCAGUGGGCCUUCAGAGAGUAGCUGGUGCUGGAAAUGGUUGAAUUAGGAGCCCAAAGCGAGCUUACAUCCAUCAUAAGACCCCCCACUCAAGGCUCUAUGACGUGACUGGAGUCCCUGUGGAUCCUCCAUUCCUCUGACAGUACCAUGGCGGAGGAGAGCAUUGAUGACCCUGACAGACAGCCUCAGCCCACACCACCAACCACCACCACCGGUCCAUGAACAUGAACAACCAAUUCUAAACCAUGCUGGGAUUUAUCCACAAAGCAAGGUCUCUUAAACACAGUCAACCACGGCCAAUACUGGAGGGUUUGAGGGAACUUUGGGGAAGUCGAGAGCGAGGUCUCAUCUUUGACUCUGGAGAAGUUUCCUGUGCCCUGACUCCUGGCUCUACCCGUCUGCGGCUCCGACCAACCAAUGACCAUCCGCUGUAGAUAACCCACUGUCUGUCAUUGGAUCAACAUGUCCCGUCUGCCUGCUCCUAUUACUGUCCGUCUGCUUUGUAAAUGAGCAGAAUCCUCUAGUGCCAUGGAGGUUAGGUGUCCGGCUGCGCCUUGUCCAGAGAGGGAGAAAGUGGUGACUAUGGAGCCAUUUUGGAUCGACUACUGUACUGUUCAGCUAAUGUCUGCUAAUUUUCAGUGGACCGAGGACUCCCACUACUUCAACCUCACCUGCUUCUGUUAGACUAAUGGGACAGUUACGUGUCCCAAAGAACAGGAUUAUUGGGAACCAGGCCCGAGGCUCUCUGAUGUGUCUGACCUAGCACCAGACUAUGGACUGGACCAAACGUUUGACUGGAUCUAUCCAGACUAUGGACCAGACUGGACCAGAUCCUACUGCUCGCCUUGUGCUCUGCUGUGAAUAGAACUUCUGCUGGAGUAGUACAACUUUGGCACCCUCCAUAUUUUUAUAGACCAAAGAGGAAAAAAUAACAGUAAGACUAGAUGGACCAGAUUGGGAAAGAGAAAUGGAUACUUGUUUUUCUUGCUACACCACAAUGACUGCCCGCAUAGCUGUAGAUGUUGGACUUUUAUGUCUAGUUGGACACGUAUACAAUCAAAGGAGUUACCUUUAAAAACAUGUUUUUCUCUGACUAAACCCACCACUGUAUUUUGAAACUGAAGAUAUAGGUAAACAUAUCUGUAUAUAAAAAAAUCUGAUUUGCAUUUUUCAUUAGCUACAAAUUGGGACACAUUGCAAUAAGCAUGGUUGGUGAAAUGGUAAAAGAGUAAAACUACUGAUCAUCAUUGAAGCAAAAAAGAGAAUAUUGAAACUGUCAUUUCUGAUUGCGGCAGGUGGGUGGGGGAAAGGCACAUUUCAUUAAAUGUAUUUUGAAAAGCCUAAAACGUAUAUAUUUAACAGUUUUAUAUGUUGUACCUUUGUAGAGAACCUUAUUCGACAUGAAUAAUGUGGUCACAAAAUGGCAGCCAUAGAACGUGAAAAACAAGCUCUCUGAUGCUGGUUUGUCCUGCUCUCUUUCUGUUCUCAUGACAACUAGCUUCUCUUCUCAUACCUCUAAUCUCCCAAUCUAUCAAUCACAUAUAAAGGAAAGAAAUGCACUUGAGUUCACUCAGAAUAUGUUUUAAAUAUUUAAUGGUAAUAUUUUACAGAUGUUUGUGAGAGUCUUGCUGUGUAUGGUUUUAAUGUGGUUAACAACUGACACAGCAUAUACAAUCUGACUGAACCCUCAAUGCUGUUUCCCUUUAUCUGCAAUUGAUUGAAUUCCAGCAUGAGAGUCACUAUCUAUCAAAAACAUGAAAAAUAACAUUACAAAAUGAAUUGAGCUAAUCACAGACAGAGAUUUUGUCACUUUAGUCAACGAGCAGCCUUUGGAACCUGCUGAUUGCUGCAGUAUUGCAUUGUAAAAGGUGUGGAAUACUGUCUAAUUUUAUUUUUGUGCUUGUGUUUGUCGCACAAUGCUGAUCUCCAGUCCUGAGUGACGAAAAUUAUGAUGACACGUGAAGAAGGGAGGCAUUGCGGGAAAAGUUUUAGAAUAAUUUACAUACUUUUUUUAUCAUUAAAUAUUUUAAGAAUAAAUACAUGAAAUAACCAUCACUAGCUAAUAUAGACGCUUUGAUAUUCAAAGUCAUCAAAUUUGUUCAAGUAAGAUUUAUCAUAUCUUAUUUUGUAUUACGUUUAUUUAAUUGUUCUGUCCUAUAUGCCAAAAGCUGACAGCCUGAAAUUGUUUUUUUCUUCUGGACCAUCUACUUUACAGUGUCUAAUUGUCCACAUGUAAGCUCCUCAUACAUAUCUAAUAGGGAAACACCUGAUAUACAUAAGUAAACCAAAUCAAAUUAUUUAUAGACAGUCUCGCUGGGAUUUGAUUACAAUAACAUAUGAAUAUGAAUGUAUUGAUGCAGAGUUGAUAAAGGCAUUUGCUCAGAGUGACAGUUAGGACCGAAAUAAUAGAAGUUGACUGACUCAAUGUGUGUAUGCUGCUGGCUGUAUGUAUCAUGGUGGAAGGGAUUCGACAGUUAUACAAUAAUAUACAGUACAUAUGCAGAGUAGUACACCUGGUCAAUAUUUAAUGACCUACAAGAUUAUGAUGUUGAAGAACUUACAAAGGGUUACCCUGCAAAGGGCUACGGAUCUAAUGCAAGUGAAAACACAAAAGAUAUCGGUUCCCUGGACAGCACCACAUAACCAGACACCCGCUACAUUAGAUGGUGCUGUCCAAGGUGCUCUGAUUCCAUGAAAGACAAAUCCAAGCAUUCACAGAGGCUUCAAAGGUCUUGUGUUAGGCUCUGAGUGAAGGCCUACACCUUCAAGAUUAACCCCCAACUUGUCCGGAUUCACUUCUGUUCAGAUCCAGAUGCUGACCUUCUCUUAUCCACACUUGGCUCUCUGCUGUUCAGUCCAACUGACUAAUUUUCAUUAACUGACUGACUGGGACCAGUCCGACUAGCUGGCUGGCUGGCUGACUGACGUUCCUUCUUAAUCCUGACUGACUGGAUCAGCCUGUUCCACCAACACCAGCUGGAGAUUAAUACAGUUGUUGUUGACAACGAAAUUUUCUAAAGAUGCAAAUGAGAAGUGACUUUCCUGAAAGUGUGUGUGUGUGUGUGUGUGUGCCCGUGUAGCCUGCAAUUGUCAAGACGGUUAUAAAUAUUUAAUUACAUCUGAUUGAAUUUCAAUAAUCUCUCCCGUAUCCUUGAGGUUCGGUGUGAUGUUUGGAGGAGUCGUGUCUCAUAACAGUUUUAAUUUGAUUAGAGCAAAGUACAAUGAGGAGUUUCUCCUAGAGCUAUAUGGUACAUGUAGCUACAAAAUAGAGCUUGCGAUAAUGUCUUUGCCAUGGAAAAAGAGGCAAAGUGGGUGACAUACAACUUCGAGAAUGUUACUGUGUGUGUGUGUCUGUGUAAAACUCUCUUUCCUAUACAGUAGCAUGCGAAAAUAUUCACCCCCCUUGGAAUUUUUCCUAUUUUGUUGCCUUACAACCUGGAAAUAAAAUUGAUUUUUGGAGGGGUUUGUAUCAUUUGAUUUACACAACAUGCCUACCACUUUGAAGAUGCAAAAUGUUUAUUAUUGUGAAACAAACGAAAAAUAAGACAACUAACAGAACUUGAGCUUGCAUAACUAUUCACCCUCCCAAAGUCAACACUUUGUAGAGCCACCUUUUGCAGCGAUUACAGCUGCAUGUAUCUUGGGGUAUGUUUCUAUAAGCUUGGCACAUCUAGCCACCAGGAUUUUUGCCCAAUCUUCAAGGCAAAACUGAUCCAGCUCCUUCAAGUUGGAUGGAUUCUGCUGGUUUACAGCAAUCUUUAAGUCAUACCACAGAUUCUCAAUUGGAUUGAGGCCUGGGCUUUGACCAGGCCGUUCCAAGACAUUUAAAUGUUUCCCCUUUAAACCACUCGAGUGUUGCUUUAGCAGAAUGCUUAGGGUCAUUGUCCUACUGGAAGGUGAACCUCUGUCCCAGUCUCAAAUUUCUGGCUGUAUGUUUCCCUCAAGAAAUUCCCUGUAUUUAGCUUCAUCCAUCAUUUCUUCAAUUCUGACCAGUUUCACAGUCCCUGCCGAUGGAAAAACAAUAGUAUGCAAGUAUAAACACCAUGGGACCACGCAGCCGUCAUACCACUCAGGAAGGAGACGCGUUCUGUCUCCUAGAGAUGAACGUACUUUGGUGCAAAAAUUGCAAUUCAAUCCCAAAACAACAGCAAGGGACCUUGUGAAGAUGCUGGAGGAAAAACACGUACAAAAGUAUCUAUAUCCACAGUAAAAGUAGUCCUAUAUCAACAUAACCUGAAAGGCCGCUCAGAAAGGAAGAAGCCACUGCUCCAAAACCAUCAUAAAAAAAGCCAGCCUACGGUUUGCAACUGCACAUGGGGACAAAGAUCAUACUUUUUGUAGAAAUGUCCUCUGGUCCGAUGAAACAAAUAUAGAAUUUUUUGGCCAUAAUGACCAUCGUUAUGUUUGGAGGAGAAAGGGGGAGGCUUGCAAGCCGAAGAACACCAUCCCAACCGUGAAGCACGGGGGUGGCAGCAUCAUGUUGUUGGGGUGCUAUGCUGCAGGAGGGACUGGUGCACUUCACAAAAUAGAUGGCAUCAUGAGGGAGGAGAAUUAUGUAGAUUGAUUGAAGCAACAUCUCAAGACAUCAGUCAGGAAGUUAAAGCUUGGUCGCAAAUGGGUCUUCCAAAUGGACAAUGACCCCAAGCAUUCUUCCAGAGUUGUGGCAAAAUGACUUAAGGACAACAACAUCAAGGUAUUGGAGUGGCCAUCACAAAGCCCGGACCUCAAUCCUAUAGAAAAUUUGUGGGCAGAACUGAAAAAGCGUGUGUGAGCAAGGAUGCCAACAAACCUGUCUCAGUUACACCAGCUCUGUCAGGAGGAAUGGGCCAAAAUUCACCCAACUUAUUGUGGGAAGCUUGUGGAAGGCUCCCCAAAACAUUUGACCCAAGUUAAACAAUUGAACGGCAAUGCUACCAAAUAGUAAUUGAGUGUAUGUAAACUUCUGACCCACUGGGAAUGUGAUGAAAGAAUAAAUAAAAGCUGAAAUCAA